AUGGCUUCGGAUCCUGUGGUCGGCAGCAAGUCUAAGGAUGAAAUUGAGACACACCUGGCAGGGGUAGAUGGCGAUGGGAGUAGCCUGGAGCGCAAUGAGGAGAAGAAAGAGCUGAACGUGGCGGAGGUCAGAGAAGUCACUGCCGUCGAGGCCUUCACAUGGAAUGUCGAUGGAGAUCAAUCACCAUUUCCAGAAGUGGCUGCUUGCGUUCCCAACACGGACGAUCCUAGCACGCCAUGCAACACGGUGCGUGCCUGGAUACUGACAACAGUGUUUGUCAUGGUCUUUGCGGCCGUCAAUCAAUUCUUCAGUCUGCGUUAUCCAUCGCUCACUCUCCAAUAUGUCGUGGCCCAGCUCCUGGUCUACCCAAUUGGUAGAGCAUGGGAGAAGCUGCCCCGAUGGAGGGUUCCACUGGGUAGACUGUCGUUCGACAUCAACCCCGGAAGGUUUAGCAUAAAAGAGCAUGCUUUAAUCACUAUUUGUGUCAAUAUCAGUGCCAGCACGGCAUAUGCUUCUGGUUCCCUUGUUGCUAUCACGAUGCCACAGUACUGGAAUCGUGAUUUUGGAGCAGGCUUUUCGUUCAUCUACCUUCUGACAUCGCAGAUGCUAGGGUUUGGGCUUGCUGGGCUUGCACGUCGCUGGCUCGUCUACCCAGCUGCCCUCAUUUGGCCGUCUUCAUUGUCAUCGACAGUGUUGUUCCGGGCGCUUCAUGAGCCGGAAAGUCGUGCAACGGUCAAUGGCUGGAAAAUGAGCCGCUAUCGUUUCUUCGCUUAUUUUACUGCAAUCGGAUUUGUGAUCUUCUGGUUUCCAGAUUACAUCUGGACCAGUCUGAGCACAUUCGCCUUUGCGACCUGGAUUGCCCCUAAGAACCAGAAGGUGAACACCAUUUUUGGAAUGAACUCUGGACUGGGAUUGCUUCCGAUCAGUUUCGACUGGACUCAAAUCAAUUACGCAGGGUAUCCGCUCAUGACUCCAUUCUAUAUCACCUGCAAUGCCUUUGCAGUCGUGGUAUUCUUUUAUCUCUUCUUGUCGCCCAUUCUUUACUAUACCAACGUCUGGAAUAGCGCAUACCUUCCCCUGCUUUCGUCCUCAACCUUCGACAACACUGGAAAGUCCUACAAUGUUUCUCGAGUUGUCAACGAGAACCUGGACUUUGUGCUUAGCAAGUACGAGUCAUAUUCGCCAAUGUAUAUUUCCAUGUCCUACUCGCUCACAUAUGGUCUCUCUUUUGCCGCUGUCACGGCCGUCGUUGUGCAUACCUAUCUGUAUAAUGGCUCCGAAAUCUGGGCCAAAUUCAAGAACUCCCGCCAUGGCGGUGAGGAUAUUCAUCGACGUCUAAUGCACGCGUAUCGUGAAGUCCCCGACAUUUGGUAUGGAGUACUGUUCCUCGUUACGGCCGGGUUGGGGAUCUUCACCGUGCGAUACUGGGAAACCGGUCUUCCUGUGUGGGGAUUCAUUGUUGUGUGCUGCGGCAUGUGCGUCUUCUUAAUUGUCCCCGAGGGAAUCCUGGAAGGGACCACUAAUCAACGUGUCUUUCUCAACAUCAUUACUGAAUUAAUUGCGGGGUAUGCCUGGCCCGGGAAGCCGAUCGCAAACAUGAUGGUUAAGUGUUAUGGGUAUAAUUCGGUCAAGCAUGGGAUGGACUUCGCUCAAGACCUGAAGCUGGGACAGUACAUGAAAAUCCCUCCACGAGUUCUCUUUUUCGCUCAAAUUUACUCCAGCAUCUUAGCCACCAUGACCCAAACCGGCGUGUUCCGGUGGAUGAUGGGGAAUAUCCCUGAACUGUGCGACCCGAACAACAAGCAGAGAUUCACCUGUGCAGGCGCCAAGGUCAUGUACAAUGCAUCGCUGAUCUGGGGUACAAUUGGCCCGCAGCGGAUGUUCCAGGCUGGGCAGGUGUAUAGCUCGCUUACGUACUUUUUCUUCAUCGGACCUGUGACGACUGUGAUCGUAUGGCUCAUUUACCGUCGCUACCCUAACAGCUGGGUCAAGUACAUCAAUGUGCCUAUCUUCUUCAACGGUGCGGGAAAUAUCCCGCCUGCCAACACCACUCAAUACUCUCUGUGGUUCAUCUUCGGAUACCUAUUCAACCACCUCAUCCGCAAACGGGCCUUCCUUUGGUGGAAGAAGUACAAUUAUCUUCUGCAGGCGGCUAUGGACACGGGCACUGCUCUAGCGACCAUCAUUAUCUUCUUUGCGCUUACUUAUAAUAAAAUCACCCUGAACUGGUGGGGAAACACGGUUGGCUCCGACACGGACGAUGCCAACUCCGUGCCGUGGUUGAAGGUGUCGACCGGGAGCCACUUCGGCAAGGGCCCAGGCGAGUUCUAGGGCAUUUCCGAGGCUUGUCUUGGCUCGGGCUUUUAGCAUCAGGAUCACUAUAUACCCGAGAGCGAGUCAAGAAUGUGGCAGUAGCGAGUGUAUGAAAUGGUCAUAGGUGGCCGGAAAAAUGUGGCAUGAUGCCCGUUUGCUAGUG